UAAAAUAAGCAGUACUCUACUAAGUUUAAUUAGUAGAACAAGAAAAACUCUUCAUAUACAAUGAACCAGAUAACCAGAAACCAAGCAAACUCGACACCUCUAACCCCACUCACCUUCUUAGACAGAGCAGCUACUGUCUAUGGCAACUCCAUAUCAAUCAUAUACAACAGCACUUCAUUCACAUGGUUUCAAACCCAUAAACGAUGUCUUCAACUUGCUUCAUCACUUUCUUCCCUCGGCAUCGUAAAAGGCGACGUCGUCUCCGUCCUCUCUCCCAACACUCCGGCCAUGUACGAGCUACAAUUCUCCGUUCCAAUGUCCGGCGCCAUUCUCAACAACCUCAGCUUCCGACUUGACUACAAAACCCUCUCCGCGCUGCUCAUCCACAGUGAAUCGAAACUCAUCUUUGUUGACAUUCUCUCCCUUUCUCUUGCCCUCAACGCUCUUUCCUUAUUCCCCAAAAACACUCCAAGCCCUAAGCUCGUCCUCAUCAUGGAUGAAACGUUAUUGCCGGACCAGAUUCCAUCACUUCCAAAAAACAUAAACAUUAUGAACACCUACGACUACGAGAGUCUUGUAGCAAAGGGUGAUCCAAAUUUCAAAUGGAUCCGUCCCGACACCGAGUGGGAUCCAAUUACGCUGAACUACACCUCCGGAACAACGUCGUCUCCAAAAGGUGUUGUGCAUUGUCACAGAGCAACGUUCAUUGUUUCACUUGAUUCUCUCAUUGAUUGGUCGGUACCGGUUCAACCAGUUUUCUUGUGGACGUUGCAAAUGUUUCAUUCUAACGGAUGGAGCUAUCCGUGGGGAAUGGCUGCCGUCGGAGGAACGAAUAUCUGCACACGUAGGACAGACGCGCCAUCGAUCUACAAUCUGAUUGAAUCUCAUGGUGUAACACACAUGUGUGCUGCACCAGUUGUGCUUAACAUGCUGUCAAAUUUCAACAAAAAUGAACAGUUAAAAAAACCGGUUCAUGUUUUGACCGGAGGGUCGUCGCCACCAGCAGCGAUUCUCAUACGAGCGGAGAAUUUAGGGUUUGAGGUUAGUCAUGGUUAUGGAAUGACGGAGGUGAUUGGUGUGAUUGUUUCAUGUGCUUGGAAAAGGGAAUGGGAUAGGUUUCCGGCGACGGGGAAGGCGAGGAUGAAGGCGAGGCAAGGUGUGAGAAGGGUGGGUGUGACGGAGGUUGAUGUGGUGGGACCCACCGGAGAAAGUGUGAAGCACGAUGGUAUAACGGCUGGUGAGAUAGUUGUAAAAGGUGCUUGUGUUAUGUUAGGUUACUUAAAAGAUGAGAAUGCCACGUUGCAGUGUAUGAAAAAGAAUGGUUGGUUUUAUACAGGUGAUGUUGCGGUUAUGCAUGAGGAUGGGUAUUUGGAGAUUAAGGAUAGGUUAAAAGAUGUGAUAAUAAGUGGUGGGGAGAAUAUGAGUAGUGUGGAAGUUGAGGGUGUUUUGUACAUGCAUCCCGCGGUUAAGGAGGCGGCGGUGGUGGCUAGGCCGGAUGAUUUUUGGGGAGAGACGCCGUGUGCGUUUGUGAGUUUGAAGGAUGAAUUGAAUGAAAACGAUAUUCCAACUGACAUGGAGAUUAAGAAGUUUUGUAGGGAGGAGUUGCCACAUUUUAUGACGCCUAAAACAAUUGUGAUCAUGAAGGAAUUGCCAAAGACUUCAACCGGAAAGGUUAAAAAACAUGUGCUUAGAAAGGUUGCUAAGGAGAUGGGAUCAACGUCCUUGCCACCGUCGCAGCCACCAUCACAUCGUCUUAUUAGUCGUAUUUAAUUGUGCAAUUACUAGGCUUUUUUUUCAAUUAAUGUUUUCUUUAUAAAUAGUGAGAUUUAAAAUGUCAUUUCCGGAAUAAGAAAAUUAUGUCCAGGUCUCUAAAAUAUCAUAUAAAGGUUUUCGACAUUUUGAGAUUUUUAAUAAUAUUCUCU